AUGUCGGCCCGCAGAAAUAGUCAGAAGUUAAAGCUACCCAACACCAAAGACUCUUCAUUACUUCAUAGACUUGCUGUUGGGGUGGUUUUGAAGCUAGGAAGCCCCAGUGUACGGGAUCCGCCUCCAGGGAAGGCGAAGAAACCGCCUAUCACACAUGUUCAUAUCCCCCUCUAUAAGGAAAAGGACCCUAACGCUAGAAAAGCGUUCCUAUGCACGGCCGUUGGGAAUGAUGGGGAAAAAGGGCCUACGUAUGUCGUUAGAACCAACGAAACUAAGCAGGAGAAGGUGGCCAGAUUAGGCAAAAGGUUAGAGAACGAGGGAAACAAGGAAAAGCAGAAGCUACUUAUCAAAAGGAUAGAGAAGGCAAAGAAGGCCCACACUGAUAGGAUGUCUCAUACACUCAAAGAUUAUACAUUCGCACCUUAUGAAUCAAGCUUUGAGCCAGGAACACCGGAGUGGAUAGAAGAGUUUGAGCAGUCGGUAAGGGCCGAACAGUCAAUAGCUGGAUCGGUAAGGGGAAACGGGAGUGUACAUACUCAGUUGCCAGAGGAGCCGGAACAUCGUGCAGAAGCAGCCUCUAGCUCUGGGCGCAGUGCAACAAGGCACUCUGCCCGCCAUGUAGCGGUGGACUCUAGCUCUGUACUCAGCGCAACAGGCCAGUCUGUACACCAUGCACAUGUUGACGAGCAUUUCGUGGAACAUGAGCCUUACGUAGAACAUCAAGAGGCCCCAGGGCCACCACAUCAGCCGAUCCACCAAGCUCAUGAGCCAGUAGAGCAUCAAGAGGGCCCAGAGCCGUCACAUGAACCGGUACACCAGGCUCAUGCGCCAGAAGUCCAUGAACAGGUCCGUGAUCGGAAGUUUGGACGUCAUCCAAAUUCAGAGACGAGCUCGGACGCCCGUAAUCGAUCUCGGACACUAGUACUAGUACGCCGCCCGCGCGGUCAACGGCCAGAUAUUAACUCAGACGACUCAGAUUCAGACGAAGAGGGCCCCUCAUUGCUCACUGACUCCGGAUCAACAUUAAUCUUUACUAUCUAA